AGGAAAAAAAAAAGACUUUUAAUUUUAAGGUCCAUUGAAACACAACAAGUCACGUGACAUAAUACACGUGACACUCACACAUUCCUCCCUCUCACAGUCCACGUCAUCAAAAGUGGGACCCAAUUCCCUUCCCCUUUGGCGCGCUUGCAAUUUCAUCCUACGUGUCACCCUGGUAAAUAAACCAACAUUCCAAGGGCAAAACAGUAAAAACAGUUCGAACUAGAGAAACACUAAAACAACUUUCAGUUCAUAACAGAAAGAGGCAGCAAACAGCAACACACAACAAAAAAAUUAAACUAAACUCAACUGAAGAACAACAAACAUCAACAAACAAACCCAGAAAAUACGGAAUAACCUAUGCAUUUAUCCUACAAUUAAUCAAACUACACUUCAAUGGAUGAAACUCAGAAAAUGACGGCGUUGAAGAAGGCUUAUGCGGAGAUAAUACUGAAUACGGCGAAGGAAGCGGCGGCAAGGAUAAUGGCGUCGGAGAGAAAAUCACAACAAUUUCAUCACGAUCUUAAUUGUACUAAAGAGGAAGCUCUUCGUCUUUUACUCCGUCAAAAACAAACUAUGGAUGCUAAAAUAAAUGAAGUGGAGAUGAAAUCCUUAAACCAACAAAGAAGAAUAGAAGAGCUAGAAGCUCAGCUCCAAGAAGCUGAGGAUAUAGUGAGUAACCUGAGAGUAGAGCUGAAUGAGGCGCAUAUGAAGUUGGAGGAAGUAGCAAAUAACCAAACAAAGAAUUCACCAGAUACGACUGAAAGGGAUGAUCACUGUGAAGAAGGAACCGAACAGCCUGAGAAUGGGCUAUCUGAAGCUGUCUCAGUUGCGCAAACUAUUUCCUUGGACAUAUCAGCAAAUGGGCAUUAUGUUUCAGAAAAUUCUUUAGCGGAGUUUGGUUAUUCUGGUGAUCCAGUUGUUCCUUCAAUAAUUAUGAGAAGCAAAAAACCUGAGCUAUAUAGAAACGGCUGCACACAAAGGAUACGUGCGUAUGAAGGGAGUCUUAUAAAUGGCCAUUUUUCUCUGUCUGGAGAGUCGGAUGAUUUGAAAAAUGAGAAAGCUAUAAGCGAAGAUAAAGAAAGUGAAGGGAUGUACAUGGCUCCUGUAGUUGCUGAUACUACAUUUUCUUCAGGGAAGAAACCGUUUGACAAUCAAGAAGUAAAACAUGUGGACAAAGGUAGUAGCUUUGGACAUGAAUUAAAAUCACGUUGUCGUGGAAGAAAAAGAGCUGUUAGACACAGAAAAAGAAAUGCUUCCACACCUAACACUAUUCCUCAUUUGGCCAAUGAAACCCUUACCAAUCUUUCAAAAUCUCAACCUUGCUUAACUAGUUUUCUUGACAUGCAUGAUUCUAGUGAUGAACAUAAGGAAACACUCCCACACUCACCAUCAAUAUUGCAAUCAAGUGUUUCCGAGAUGGGAGUAUUAUCAGAACAUGUAGCAACUGCCCGAGGCGAUGAAACUGAGGUUCGCGUAGUUGUGGCAAAUGAAGAUACAGAUGUAGCUAGUAGUUUGAAUUUGAUUAAGCAGCAAAGUGGUUCUGGGGAUUGCUUAAAUGUUUCGAGUUCAAAACAUGAUCUUAAAAGUAGUAGCAUGCUACAAGCAUUAAAACCACGUUGUCAUGGCAGAAAAAGAGCUGUUAGAUGCAGCAGGAGAAGAGAUCUUUCUGCAUUUAGCGUUAUUCCUCUUCUGGCCAACGAAACACUUUCCAAUCUUUCAAACUCUCAACCAUGCUUAACUAGUUCUCAUGAAAUGCAUGUAACUAGUGAUGGAUCUGAUGAUAUAGAUAAAGAUACACUCCCAAACUCAUCUUCAAUAUUACACUCUAGUGUUUCCGAGAUAUCAGAACAUGUAGCAACUACCCGAGGUGAUGAUACUGAGGUUCGCAUAGAUGUGGUGGAUGAAGAUACAGAUGUAGCUACUAGUUUGAAUUUGAUUAAGCAGCAAAGUGGUUCUGGGGAUUGCUUAAAUGUUCCGAGUUCAAAACAAGAUCUUGAGAUGAAUAAUUCUUCUUCAGUAAACCUCAAUUCUACAUUGCUGGAAGCUGGUAAUGUUUUCUCUAGCCCACCACCAAAAGAUAGGGUUCUUAAGUAUACUUUCCAGAGAAAACGGAAGAAGGAGUCCGUAAGUGGUGAUGAUAGCAGUUUGCACCAGGAGAGUCCUUUGAAAAGAAUUACUGUAAAGAAGCAGGAUGGUGAUCUUGAGCCCCCAGAAUCUAGUGCUGUGUCUGAAACAUCGCGAGAUAGUCGAAGGAUGGCACAAGUGGCACGCCAGCUCAUAUCGCUGUCUGAGAAGAAGUGGUGGAAGUAGUUAACAAGUUUGUUGCUUGCUGAAAAACCAAAGCCUAAGAAGGUUACGUGAAUUUAGAUGGAACAACCUUUCAACGUCAUUGUUGAUGUGAAAUUAGCACCUGAUUUAACAACCACAGCGGCUGCUGCUUCUAUAGAGAGGGAUAGAGAGAGCUGCAAAUUAGCUCAGAUUAAUUAAGUUUCCGUGUCACAUUCAAUAAAGUAAUGUUCUUAUUUGUUAUAGCAAUUUUCCAAAUAUCUUUGGUUAAUACAAAGAUGAAUCGUUGUCACUUGAUUACGUUGAAUGUUCUUUACAAUUAAGAAGUAAUUACUACAUAUA